AUGGGGCUUUCCAAGACGAACAGGAUCUUGAUCCUGCUGGUCAUCGAUACCGCUUUCUUCCUGCUUGAAUUGAUCACUGGUUAUGCCGUUCACUCACUUGCCCUCGUCGCCGACUCCUUCCACAUGCUGAACGAUGUUUUGUCUUUGUGUGUCGGAUUAUGGGCCGUCAAGGUCGCAAACCGCGAAACUACCUCAAACACCUACACAUACGGCUGGCAAAGAGCUGAGACUCUCGGUGCUUUGGUCAAUGGUGUCUUCCUAGUUGCCUUGUGCAUGUCGAUCUUCUUGGAGGCUACUCAGCGAUUGGUGGAACCUCAGGAAGUGCAGAACCCCCGGUUCGUCUGCAUUGUUGGCUGCUUUGGUCUUGCUUCCAACAUCAUUGGCCUGGUCCUCUUCCAUGACCACUCUCACGGUCACGGUGGCGGCCACGACCACGGCCAUGACCAUGACCACGAUGAAGAGCACGCUAUCGAUGCCGAAGGAUACAGUGACCACGACCACGAGCACGAUCACGAUCACGACCAUGACCAUACCCCGGUCGCCCCGUCCGAGAGCGAAAACACCCUGACCUACUCUACCACCGAACCCGGAUCCCCCAUUUCCCGCAAGCGCCGAGACACUACUCGCAGCUCCAGGGGCUACAGCGCCCCGAACGGACGUGGUUUCGUCAGCGCCGAUGAUAUCCCAGUGCUCCCAGAGCGUCUCAGACAAGGGAUUAUCGCAGCAAGUCAAUAUCGCAAUGAACAAUCCUCGGACUCAGAGGGUGGCCGCGAUGACGACGAGAUCCCAACUGAGCGCUCUGGGCUUCUGCGUCACAGAGAUCACGCAGCCAAGUACACCGAUGAGGAGGGAGCUCCUGUCAAGAUCCACGAUCACCGGGAUGAAGAUGUUCACAAGUCACACAACCAUGCUCAACCUAAAUCCAAGGACCAGAAGAAGGGCCACAGCCAUGACCUUAACAUGCGCGGUGUCUUCCUUCACGUCAUGGGCGACGCUCUCGGAAACAUUGGUGUGAUCGUGUCAGCGCUGAUUAUUUGGCUCACGGACUACGAAUGGCGUUUCUACGUCGAUCCUGGUAUUUCGCUUGUGAUUACUUUGAUCAUUCUUGCUUCUGCUAUUCCACUGUGCAAGGCUGCUUCCCGCAUCCUUUUGCAGGCUGUUCCACCCGGAAUGAGCAUUGAUCACAUCAAGGAGGACAUUGAACGCCUGCCCGGUGUCAUUGGCUCUCAUCAUUUGCACGUGUGGCAACUGAGUGACACCAAGAUUGUGGCCUCAAUCCACCUGCAGGUAGACACGGAGAUCAAGGGCGAAGGAUCGGAGCGUUACAUGCGUCUUGCCAGACAGGUGCGACGUUGUCUCCAUGCCUACGGCAUCCACUCUUCCACCAUCCAACCCGAGUUCGCACCCGAGAGUGAUGUCGAAGACAACGGACAGCCCUCUUCCUCUCGUGGCACUGAGGACGCUGUCCCCAGUCGUGCUGCCAGUGUCCGGGAUGGUGAUUCUCAGGCAUGUCUUUUGGAGUGCGACGAGAACUGUGCCCGUGGAGGCCAGUGCUGCCCUAAGAAGUGA